AUGGGCAUCCUCAGCAACAACACCCACAAGGCACCUGUCACGGUCCGCGUCGAAAAGCGCCCGUGGCAACAGCGCCAGUACCACCCCGAUGGGCGGUACUACAUUCUCGACCCCAAGCCCCCUCCUGUCAAGAAUACCAGGCCCGAGGAGGAGAUUGCCAAGAACAUCAACGCCCGCAACGGAAAGAAGCCUUCCGCCACGACGAAACCGUGGGCACUUUCGGACUGCGGCUGGAAGGACUGGGAGCCCGUCUUCCACCAGGCCGCCGUCAAGUUCCGCGUCGACAGCGGAGGAAGGAAGAAGCUCGAGCAGCACAUGUCCUUCAACCGAGAGCACGAUGGUUACCUGCACUGGCGGUGCAGCCUCGAGCGAUCAGGCUCUAACGGCACCCUGAAAGUCGCGUUCUCGCAGGAUCUCGACAGCCGAACUUUCAACAUAUUGUCUGUCCUCUACAUGACAGACGGCUUGGCUCCCAGGGUCGCUACGCAAACGAGCCUCGCGCACGCACGCAGGACCGGCUGCACCUUCUGGACGGAGCUCUCACCGCCGGACUGCAAAGUCGUCCCCUGUUGCGACGAGUUGUGCCAGGACGUACCCUCUCGAGUGGAACUUUCCGUAUACGAGCACUCCCUGCACAUCGACCAGCUCAAGAAGGACUUUGCCAAACGGAUGACGGAGCUCGAGUCUGAUCAGGCGACCUCGAUUCGCGGUUUCGGGUGCAAGAUCCAGAAGCUUGUGAAGGAGAAUGAGGUUCUGGAAGAGCGGUUGAAGGAUCUCGUCCGGCAAAACCGGGCCCUGAAGUCGGUAUCCCGCCGUGUAGGCAGGGGCAGCUUAGGCAUGAAGAGAGGUCGCGAGGAGACGGUCGGCAGCGACAGCGGAUGUGGAGAGACGGGGAGUGAGAAGGGUGCGAAGGCCGAUGAGGUCAUGCGCGAGGUGGAGGACAGCUCUGAUGACGAUGAGCCCCUGGUCCGCAAUUUGAAGCGUCGGCGUUUGGCAUGA